CGCGUUCAUCAGUAUUCAGCGAGCAGUUAUCGCCGGAGGUCCUAGAGUGAUUUUAAGGUGCAAUGUCGCAGGCAGUGAAGACGGAAACGACCAAGGAGCCGAGUGGUUUGGCCAUCAAAGCGAAUGGCACCGCUGUUAAUGGAAAGAUGGAGGCUCUCAAGAGACCCAGGCAUGUUUCCGGUGGCGUUGAGGAAAUCGUCGAUCCCUUCUGUAACCCGGAGCAGCCGCAGCGCAUUUCCUUUCACGAUGUCACAUCGGCUGCCUUCCUCAUCCGUGGUGGUGUAGAACGCACUCCUUGUCCGAAAUCCACUUCGUCGGAUCUUUAUGGCAUGGAGUUGUAUUUGAAAAAAGAUUUCCUGCAGUACACAGGCAGCUUCAAGGAGCGUGGCGCGCGCUAUGCGUUGCUAUCUCUGACGGACGAGCAGAAGCGAACCGGUGUGAUCAGCGCCUCCUUGGGAAAUCACGCCCAGGCACUAUCGUACCACGGCAUGAAGCUCAAUAUCCCGGUGACCGUGGUGAUGCCCAAGGCGGCUACCAUUAUGAAGAUCCAGAAGUGCCGCAACUACAAGGCGCGCGUCAUUGUCGAUGGCAACGACAUGGGUGAGGCCAAGUCCCUGGCCAUGCGAAUGUCCAAGGAGGAGGGUCUGCUGUACGUGAAUGGCUACGAUCAUCCGCACAUCAUGGCGGGCCAGGGAACCAUUGGGCUGGAGAUACUCGAACAGGUGCCGGAACCGGAUGCAGUGAUAGUUCCGGUGGGAGGUGGCGGAUUGAUUGCUGGAAUCGCCACGGCUGUGAAGGCUUUGUCGCCCAAGACCAAGAUCAUUGGUGUGGAGUCUGAGAAAUGUGCCAGCUUCACGAGGGCCAUGGCCAACAACGGACCCAUCCACACGCCCAUCAAGAACACCCUGGCCGACGGCCUGGCCGUUCCCAAAGUGGGCUACAAUGCCUAUGCCACAGCCUUACCCCUGAUAGAUCGCAUGGUGGUGGUCAAGGAGGAGUGGAUUGCAGUGGCGAUCCUCCGGUUGGUGGAGGAGGAGAAGUGCGUCGUCGAAGGAGCUGGUGGAGCAGGUCUGGCUGCCAUUUUGGCGGGUAAACUCCCAGAGCUCAAGGGAAAGAAGGUUGUGGUGCUGCUGUGUGGCGGAAACAUAGACACCACCGUGUUUGGACGUUGUUUGGAGCGGGGUCUGGCCGCCGAGGGUCGCCUGGUGAAGUUCAAUGUGGAGGUCAGCGAUCGUCCCGGCGGAAUCAAUGACCUGUGCGCCCUGCUGGUCCGAGUGGGAGUUUCCAUCAAGGAUAUUAUGCACGAGAGAGCCUGGCUGAGGGAUGUGUACACCGUGGAGGUAAAGGUCGUGUGCGAGACCGUGGACUGGAGCCACAGUCUGGAGCUGAAGAACGAGCUCAAGAAGUUCUACUCCAAGGUUCAGUUCUCCGAUGUCCCGCUGGCCAUCACAAAUGAUUCAGAUUCGUAGGAGACCCCCGUUUUGUAUGGUACACAUAUGAUUUAUUCACUUCAGCAGCGCAGCAAAACUUAAAGCUUUAACUUAGAGCUUAGUUGUAUAAGAGUUAACAUAAUCGUAGUCGAAGUAGAAAUGUAAAUUAGGUGUAAAUAAAUAUACAUAAAAUACA